CAACAACUGAUUUUAUAAACAGGGAACAGAAUAGCUAACCACCAAACUGACCAUCGAUCUGACAAGUCCCGGCCUAGAGCUGGACGUGGCCCUCGGGCCCUCCACCCCAAAGCGGACCUUCAAGAAGACCAGCGAACUGACUCGUCGACUCAAACUGAUCGAGGAGCACAAGGCCUUCAAACGCCGCCUCCGCAAGGAGCGCCAGCUCCUCAAACCUCUCAGGCUCCGGAAGAAGCGCCCGAUCAUCCCCAACGUCACGGACGCCAUCAAGAACGAGACAUAUGUCGAGCCCGACCCGGCCACACUCGAGCGACUCACUAUGAAAACCACCAACAGCAAGACGAUCGAGGACAACAAAUGCCCGGAGAAGGAGCGCGAGCUCCUACGACGGACUCGACGUGUUCAGCUGGAGCGCGCCGGGUUGCAGCUCGACCCCACCGACGAGAACAAGGUGCAAGUAUACGUUGACUUCCACAAGGAUACGUGCCGCAACCUGGACGAUCCGCAGGAGGUGCUGUUCGCUGCAUACGGGGUGCUACUCCUACGCAGCGCUCAGCGCCGGUUUGCGAACCCCAAGGGGAAGCCGGCCCAGGGCAUGACGCGAGUGGGCCUGGUCGUGAAGACGGAGGCGAUGCGCCCCGAAGAGGUCCUCGAGGACGCCAUCGAGGCCGUUGACUACCUGCGAAAAACACGCAGGUUCGAAGACAUGGACUACCCCAUCGGGUACGAAAAUGUCACGCUGUGCUUGAUCCAUCAUGGGUUUCCUGCCAAUGGAGCAGUGCCGUCCUCUGUGGGGGUCGGUAUUCGGCUAUAUGAACUAUAG